AUGGCCACCGUCAAGCCCUCGCACGACGACCACGAGAGGUUGAACCGAGCUCCUGUCACAAGACUUUAUCCUUCGACCUCCGGCCCGCUCGCUCCACGCAGCAGCAACAACACGAGCGCCUUCACACGCAUUCGCACAAGACCUUCACACCGUCCACCAGCGAACAUGCGCGACGAGGCCGACCCGGGACAGAGCAGGAGUGCAUCGUCUCGAUUCGUGAAGACGUUUCAGGAAAAGCUAGGACAUGAAGGAGAAGACGACGACGAGGAGGAGGAGGAGGAGGAGGAUGACGAAGUGGACUACGAUAACGAGAGUGGCGACGGCGAGGACGAUGAAGAGGAUCAGAGCGACGGCACGGACGAGACAGAGGAAGGCGACAAUGUUGAUACUUUCGAGAGCCUGCCCACUGUGAAACCCUUCCGCGCCUUGAAGAGGAAUGCUACCGGAAUCUCCAAGGAGCUGGCAUCAGCACACGAGCGCAUCAAGAACUUGGAAACUGGGUUGCGUGGAUACAAGAUUGGACUGGAUGCAAGAUUGGACUCGCUCGCGCACAAGCAGUCCUCCCGCCCUCACCGCCAGCAUCGCCCUCCGACUCGGCGAGAUGCAUCGAGCCCUCCGCUACCACUUGAGGAUACAGCGUUCGAGGUGCAAUACUUCUUAUGGCUUUCACGAGAAGAAAAGGAUCACUGCAUGCAACUGAACAUCUGCUUCCGCUCUCGCUACUCCUCAAUCGUGGCCAACUCCUCCGGCAUCUUCAACAAUAGCGAUUGCUCAGUCGUCUCAACUACCAGCAGCGACAAUUUCAGCCUCUGCUCCGAAACCUCGCCGCUCUCACGCCUUGCCGACCGAUCGCACGACUACGCUGAAGGCUCAGCUCGAUUCGCUGGCUUCUUUGUUCACUACGCCGGAACAACAGCUUAUCUCCCGCAGAAGGUGCUCCCAUCGAAGUCAUCGCUGUUUGAUGCCAUGUUCCCACCAGCUCCACCGCUGCCUAUCGUCGCUUCACCGAGUGUCGCUCUACCUGCGACGAACACUCCAACGCCGUCGUCUGCACCGGCAGUCGUCGCCUUACCAAGCGUGACUCCAUCAACCUCGUCUUCGCUGUUCCAUGCGGGACUGGAGUCUUGUGUACCAACUCGCCACCUUUUACCGGCUUCGUCGCCAGCCGCUCCUUCAAUUCAACCAGUCGCGGUCUUACCGAAUGUCGCGCUAGUUGCUCCGACCAUCGUCUCACCGACGGCCGCUCUACCUUCACGACAACGCACGAAUGCUCAGCAACUCCAGGCACUCGCCGCCGACAUGGACAGCAACAACGAUACAGCCAUCAGCUGCCGUCCGCGCCAAGUCAUGCCGCGUGGAUUCACACCAAGUUGGACACGCUGA